UUUAACAUCCCGAUUUGAACAAUAUGAAUGAUAAAUCGGUCUCAUACAAAAAUAGUAUCUUAACACAGUUGAAAUCAAAUACAUCCAUUAACAAUGAUGAAACAUGCAAAUCACUACAAGUUUCUAGCGUUAAAACAGACGAUAAGAUUAUAAAUAUGAAAAUUCUAGAGGAAGAUAUAUAUUUAGAGCAUUUAGACCAAAUAAUUGAAAGAGACUACUUUCCAGAAAUUAAAAAAUAUAGGAAACUUUUUAUGAAAGACAAAAUGGCAGCUUCUCAAAAAUCAAAUUUUACUAACAAUAUAUCUAUGUUGGGCUUAACAGAUAAUCUCACUUCUACUCAUAAAUCAACCCAUGAUGUAAAAACUGAUUAUUCAACAAGAAGCAUAAAUUCUGAGUAUGUACCAUUCACAGACAGUAUUAUAAGCAAUCAAAUUGAAGAUACUAAUAAAGAUUCAGAGGUUCUUGAACAAAAAAUACAUAUAAAUGCUUAUACUUUAACCAGUUUUUUGAAUCGGUAUACGAGCGAGGAUAAUGCCUCAUUUUCCGAGCUCUUAGAAAAGGCUAAAAAGCUUAAAAUGAUCAAAUAUCCAUGGUUUUACAGAAAUCAAGGCUUAUCUAUAGAAGAAGGAAGUACCAAAAAUGUGUUUUCCAUUGAAAAUAAAUCUCCAAUAAAUGAUAAUAAUAGUAGUGCUAAUUCCAUUAUGGUCCCUAUCCCAGAUAAAAAUAAUGAAAACAAUUAUUCUCAAAGUAGAGUGGUGUUUGCCAAUACCAGAAUGUUGCCACAAAUUCGCUUGUCUAAUGAUCCAAGUGAUAAUGGCCAAUUAAGUGGUUCUUUAUUAGAUAGAAAAUCUCUGGCAAGAGUUGUUACUAGACAAUUUAAUGGAAUUCAUGUGGGGAAAAUAGGUCCCGACGGCAAAGAAAUACUAUCUACCUCCGCCAUUAAUGCCAAACCCAUUCUGGAAGGAAGAAAUUUAAUGUUACGCUUAGACGAAAAUCUCUCAUCAAAUACUGGUUCUUGCUAUAAGCUUAUACCCCAAACCCCCGAACUCUCCGCCUCUCAAGAUGCUACACCUCUUAUGACUUGGGGUAACAUUGCGCAAACACCAUUGAUUCAGGAUAGGAUGGAUAGGGAUGACUUUUUGGCCAAAGCUUUCCCUUCCAUUGCCGGUAUUAUGCCUAUUCGCGGGUUUUCGAUGCCUGAUAUAACCCCCAAAGAAAAGCUAGCCUUGAAAAUGACUGAAAAAAUGACGAAACGAUCCAAAGAAGAAAAGCUGAAAUAUCUCAAACACCAAUCUAGAAUUUUCACGCCCCACGGAAUCAAUUCACCAUUCUCAAAAAUAAGCACACCUAGUAUGAAAGCCUAUAAUCUGGAAAGCAGGUUUAAAAAUCUAUCACCCGCAGCUUAUAAACUAGUUUCCUCCAAUAAACUGCGAAUUAAUAGCCUCAAGAUUUAUAGCGGUAACAAAACGCCUAAAAUUAGGAGUAAAGAUAGCUACGCCAAAGAAAGGACGGAUAAAGUUUCUUCCAUUGUUUAUAAUACACCUAAGCUUAGAGAAGAGAGCAAACAUAUAACAGAUAAUUUGUUGAAAUUACCCGAUAUUUAAUAACUUAUUCAUAAUAAUUUUUUUAUAAAGAGU